GCGGGGCGGGCGGGGAGCUGGCCGCUGCUGCCCGCCAUGAGGCACCUGCCGUACUUCUGCCGCGGGGAGGUGGUGAAGGGCUUCGGCAGAGGCUCCAAGGAGCUGGGCAUCCCCACCGCUAACUUUUCUGAGGAAGUAGUCGAAAGCUUUCCAUCCGAUAUCCCUACUGGUAUAUACUAUGGAUGGGCCUGUGUUGGAAAUGGCGAUGUGCUUAAAAUGGUUUUGAGCAUAGGAUGGAAUCCUUUCUAUAAGAAUAUUAAGAAAUCAGUGGAAGCACACAUUAUCCACACUUUUAACGAUGACUUUUAUGGAGAGAUUCUUAGCAUAGUCGUUCUUGGAUAUAUUCGAUCAGAAAGAAACUUCGGUUCUUUAGAGGCACUCAUUUCAGCAAUUCAAGAAGACAUUGAAGAGGCAAAACGACAGCUAGAUUUACCAGAACAUCUUAAAUUCAAAGAAGACAACUUCUUUCAUCUGCCAGAAGGCAAAACAGUAAACCGCUAAACAAAACCAUGUGGUUUUUUCUUUUAAUCUCUGGGAACUCUUUUUGCACUACCAUGUAUCAUUUAAUAUAUGAUGUAUGCGUGUGUGCUGGCUCUGGCUGGGAUGGAGUUAAUUUUCUUCAUAGCAGCUCAUAUGGUAAUAUGUUUUAGAUUUGGGACUAAAACAAUGAACAUAACACACUAAUGUUUUAGCUAUUCCUGAACAGUAGUUGCACAGCAUCAAGGCCUUCUCUGUUUCUUGCACUGCUCUCCCAGUGAGUAGAUUGUGGCUGUGCAAGAGGUUAGGAGGGUACACAACCAGACAAAUGACCUGAACUAACCAGAGAUAUUCCAUGCCAUAUAAUGGUCAUGCUGAGCAAUAAAAUGAAGAGGAGGGGUUUUAGGGAGGUUGGCCAUCUUUUUUUUUUUUUUUUUUUUUUUUGGGAACUGGCUGGGCAUCAGUCUGCCCGUGGGAGGUUUUGAGUGAUUGCCUUUGCAUCACUUGUUUUGUUUUCUUUUUUUCUUCUUCCACUUCUCCUUUUCUUGUUAAUCGAUCUUUAUCUUGAUCCAUGCAUUUUCUUGCUUUUAUUCUUCCAUUCUUCUUUCCCUCUCCCACUGUGGGGGAGUGUGGGGGAAGUGAGCUAGUGGCUGUAGGAUGCUUAGCUGCCUACCACGGUUGUCCUGCAACAUGUUUAGGUAAUUGUGAGUGGAACGGAACACUAAAACCACACAAGAUGGUUUAAGUUUGUUUGUGUUACUUGAUCUUUUAACCAGUCAUGCAAAAGGAGUAGAAGGCUGGUUUUAGGUCUUUACAGAAGAAUCCUGAACCCAGAUAUUGCCAAUCAUUUAGAGAUGUUAGCACAUGUGGAACAAGACCAAAGGUAGUUGUAACCUCUUCUGCCCCCAAGGUGUGGAGAGUUAAAUACUUCAGUGAAGACUGUCAGUGUUUCAGACAGAGAGUUUGUUAUUCCAAACUCUUUUUCCCAAUUUUCUGUCAUUUUUA